UAAAACGGAGCCAGCUGUGCGUCGUCUGCUGCUCAGACGCUGAGCUCAGUCUGUGUAGUGGAAGGAAGCAGAGAUGUCCGGUACCAUGCUGCUGUUGGGGUUCUGGGGUCUGUGUUUCCUGUGGACGGCCGGCGCCAUGGAGCGAGGUCCGGUUAGUCUAAACGAGAUGUUCAGGGAGGUGGAGGAGCUGAUGGAGGACACUCAGCAUAUGCUGGACGAGGCAGUGCACAAGAUAACUAAUGAAAGUGCAAAAUUCUCCCCUAUGGAUCUGCCUCCCAACUACCACAAUGAAACCAGAAAGACGGUAAAGGGCAACAACGGGGAGACUCGGAUCCUGGAUCGAACUGAUAAGGAAACUGACAACAGAACAGGAGAGACGUAUACUUCACAUGUGCAUGUGGAAGUCUCUGGCCAGUGGAACAGCGUGGCUCAUGAGUGCAUGGUGGAUGAGGACUGUGGGGACCUAAAAUACUGUUUGUAUGAGAUUGAGAACUCCAGGUGCCUUCCCUGCAUAGCAACAGAUAUGCCAUGCUCGAAGGAUGAGGAGUGCUGCUCAGAUCAGAUGUGUGUUUGGGGUCAGUGUACAUUGAACGCCACCCAGGGGACGGCGGGGACUAUCUGUCAGGGUCAGACUGACUGCAGGCCAGAUCUCUGCUGUGCAUUUCAACGAGAGUUUUUGUUUCCAGUAUGCAGUCCCAAACCUACAAAGGGAGAGUCCUGCCUGAACCACCCCAACCUUCUUAUGGACAUGCUGGAAUGGGACCAGGAGGGCCCCAGAGAUCACUGUCCAUGUGUGGCCAACCUACAUUGUCAGCCCCAUGGUCGUGGAUCCGUGUGUGGAGAGUAGGACUGAAGGUAUAGAGGUUUCCAAAGAGUUCAGUUCAGCACGAUGUCACCAUCUGGACAUCAGAUGCAUUCUUUGUACUAUUUAUGCUCAACUGCAAGUCUGUAUUGAAAGACAAAAAGUAAAUAAAUGACUUUAAUUUA